UUCAGGUGACAUUUAUGCAAUAGGUUAGAUGGCAUGUUUCGAUCCAGAUGAACUUGCCGACUUUAUCAGAUAUCAGUGCAUCAUUAAUGCCGAUGAUGAUGGUCAAUGCAGAAAGAUAUUGCGACCACCUUCAAGGAAGGCAAAACCCGGUGGUUUACCGUUAAAUUUUCGUUCCGCAGCUGAUUCCGAUACGAGUAGUGGAGAGCAUUCUCCAUGCUAUUUGGCUACUGCUGAUUGCGAAUCAACUUACGAACUGUUACAAGAACGAUUACGUUCGAGAAUUCAGGAAUAUGAACUAUUAGGUCUAGAUGAUGAAGAAAAAGUGGUGAAAAACAGUACAGUAGAUGCGUGGCCGAGUACAACAGAUUUGGAAUUUUUUCAGUGUGGGGAUAUAUCCUGUACUCCAUCACCACCUCCUGUGCAAAAGUCCAUUACUGCAUUACUUUUGGAGAAAACAGAUUUUGUGAUCAGGUCUGAUCUUGCAGCAUAUGCAAGGUUUGCUACACCGGAUAUUGAAAAUGGUCGGAAACUAUUGGUUUUUUAUCCUUUUGUUGAACCCGAACCAAAAAGUGGUAAAUGUUUUUCGUUAACUAUUUAUGCUCAAUGCGAUAUUUGUAUUUCGGAUCUCGUUGGUUUAUGUUGCUAUGAAUAUGCACGAUGUCAAAGGACGAAUGAUAUUGGAUCUGUUGCACAAUAUCAUUUGUUGAUGGCCGAAGAAAAUGGUGAAGUAGAUCGAGACUUACCUCCAGUUGAUGGCCAUCGUUUACUAAGUGAACUUGGCUCGUGUUGGUCAACGAUUGCUCUGGAGAAACGACGGAGUAAUAAUUGUUUUGGAAUGAAAAAUAUUAUCGUGUAUACCGUAAGUGGUAAACAAUAUGAAUUUCCAAUGGACUCACUUGAUGUGCCUCUACGAUGGCUUCGUGAUCAGGCUAUCCAGAAACGUAUCGAUGAUGAAGGUCAAGAGUUCAUGAGUGAUUGUCCAGCAUAUCGAGAGUAUGUUUUGGAAGCUGUGAGACAACCUGAUGUUGCAUUAGACCUCAAUAAGCCAAUAUCCAGUACAGCUUGCCUGGAAUUUCUAUUGUUGCGUAUAAACAGUUCUCGAGGUGAUUUUACUCCAACAUGUUGUUCAAAAUUUGCUCAGGGACAUAGUCCAAUUCCGAAAAUUCAUGACGAUUUGAUAAGUUCAUCACUAGAACAACGGCAAUUUUCCGAUAUGAUCUACAAAACAACCACCAGUUCAGUGUCAUCUAUCGAUGCCAAAGAUUUGUUGGGUAAUUCAAUUGCGUUUUAUCCAGUAGAAAAGAUACAUCGAUACAAACCCAAAUGGAAUGCUCUACUAACUAUUCGAACAGAUGGUUUUGAAUUAACACCAAAUCAAUCGAGUCGAACAAGGGAACGAAAUUCCGUACUUUUGCAUUCUUCGUUGAAAACGUUAUAUGUAACGUGGGAUUACGUCGGUGGAGUUGAAAUCACAAAUCACUCAAAUUCAAAACGAGGAGUGAGAAUUGUUUGGUUAGCGUAUCCUACAAUAAAACAUCAGUCAAAAAUAGCCCAAACGAGCAAAUUAACUAAUAGCACGCAAGAUUCAAUAUUGAGUUUGGAAUCAGACAGAUUAACUGAUCAUCAUGAACCAUUAAGGCAAAAGCUGUACAACAAUGCAUGCUGGAAAAUAUUACAAUUGGAAGCAGAUGUCGAUGAUGCUUGGAGUAUUACAGGGAAGAUAAAUACCAUAAUCGAUGAUAGAAAUUCUGCAGUUCAUCAAAUUUACAAAUAUUCGAAUGGUGGAACCAAGAAGCCAAAGAAAGCAGCUGCAAAAGCGUUUGGUAGGAAUGAUGAUGCACAAUUCAAAAAACGAAAUAGUUCCAUUAGUCAUACGGUGCGUAGGAUAUCCCAGUUAACUUCCGGAGUGGCAGGCCCAGUUCCUAUACUACUAAAGCUGUUUUCAAAACGUAAUUAA